GUGCAGUGGACGCGCAAACGCAAUACCAUGAUUUUUCAUCAUUACAAUUCCAACAGAGCGAUCAGUGAUCUCAAUUUUAGUUUUCUACAGAUUUGUGAUAUAAAUGUAGGUAGUCUAAUAUCUGUGAUGUAGAAGUAUUUAAUUUGAAAUUGAUGUCGAUGGUUUCCACAUCGUUCAAUUCAAAUUGUAUUUAUAAACAAAGUAAAACUGAAAGUUUCAGUAAAUACCUUAAAUAAAAUGGCUGAAAAAAUAGAAAUACGUGUAAAUAUUCCAACAGAAGAACUUGUUCAAAAGUGCCGCACGUGUCUUAAAAAUGAUGGAGUGCUUAAUUUAUUCUUAACGCGACAUAAAGAUGUGAUGUUAUACCAAUUAUUUCCAAUGCUGUCUUUACCUGAAAUGGAUCCUACAGAUUCUGGAUUGCCUCAAAAAAUAUGUGGAAUAUGCGCAAAAGCAGUUUUUGAAUUUUAUGCAUUCAAAGAACGUACAUUACAGACACAAGUAAUUAUCGAACUUGCUGCAGGAAAGUUACGUUAUUUAAAUAUUGAAGAGACACAAGAUUCAAAAACAAACGAAACUGAGGAUAGUAUAAUUUAUGCUGAUAGUGGAAUUAAACAAGAAAAUCAAGAUUAUGUAGAUGAUGAACAAAACAUAAAGCAAGAAACUGUUAGUGAUAUUAACAUUGUAAAACAAGAAUUAGAGAAUUUCGAGGAUCAUGGUAUUAUUACAAAGGUUCAAAAUGGAGAUACCACGAAACAAAAAAGUAGAGUAGUGGCCCAAUGUCGCUUUUGUAAAAAAAAAUUUAAUAAAUACUCGGAUUACCUCAAUCAUAGAACAGAGGAAAAAGAAAAAAGAAUUAAAGUAGAUUGUCCAAUUUGUCAUGACAAUAUAAUGUCGUACAGAAUGGAAAAUCAUCUUCUAGUCCAUAAGAUGAAAGGACAAGUUGAUUCAAAGGAAACGGAAGAAUUGAUAAACAUCUCCAAUGAACAAACUAAUAAAGAUGUAACAACUGAUCAUAAUUAUCUGGAGACAUUGUCAAAUGAUUCCGAUGCAAUAACUGAUCUAGAUUAUAUGGAAAAUUCUGAAUUUGUGGAUAAUAUGGAAAUUGAGGAAUCCCCUCAAUAUGCAUGUCUAUUAUGUGAUCUGAAAUUUGAAAAUAGAAGAGAAUAUAUAAAUCACCGACGAGAGGAAAAAGAAAAAAGACAAAAGAAGCCUUGUCCAAUUUGUAAUGAACAAAUACCUUUGUUUCAAAUGGAGAAACAUUAUUUUUUGCAUGAUCAAAAUACUUGCAAAGAUGCUAAAUUAAUGAUAGAUCCACAAAGUGAUGAGCUAACUUGUAGCUGUUGUAACGGAAUUUUCAAUGAUAAGAACGAGUUUAUAUUACAUAUGAAAAAUGAUUCUAACCAAAAACCAAAAAUGUAUCCAUGUUCCAUAUGCAAUGAAAAAUUUACUUUAACCAAGCUCAGAGAUCAUAUGACCAUUCAUAGUACAAAUAUGAAACAAUAUAUGUGUGAGGUUUGUGGAAAACAAUUUGCAUAUAAAACCAGUCUACGUUUUCAUAAGCAUUCUAAAGUAACAGAAGAAUCUCUAUGUGAUCUGUGUGGAAAAUCAUUUAUCUCACAAUUUUCUUUAAAACUUCACAAACAAAGAGUUCAUGUGGAAAUGGAAGGUUUUUCUUGUGAAUUUUGUGAUAAACUGUUUGAAAAAAAUCAACAUAGAAUCAUCCACGAGCGACAACAUACUGGUGAAAAACCUUAUGAGUGUAAUAUUUGUGGAAAAAAUUUCACUAAAAGAUCUCUUCUUGAAACCCACUUAAAAGGGCAUGAUUCAAAUAUUAGAAGGUUUCAAUGUAGCACAUGCCACCAAAUAUUUUUGACCUCUGAACUACUCACUCAGCAUGAAAAGGUACAUAAAGCUAGUAGAAAAAAACGUACGAAAAAAGUGGAAAAGUCCAAAUGCGAUAUGUGCAACCAUCUAGUUAUAGAUCUAGACGGUCAUAAGCAAGCUCACAAUGCAGGCUUUACUUAUGUCUGUGGAUAUUGUAAUGAAGGUUUCACUAAGAGGUACGACUUGACUACUCACAAGAUAUCAGUUCAUUUUACAAAAAGACGUAUAUUCAAAUGUGACAUUUGUGACAAAUCAGUUACUACCAGCCAGAUGUUAGAAAGUCAUCGCAGAAUUCACACGGGAGAGAAACCGUUUCAAUGUGAAAUCUGCAAGAAAAGUUUUACUCAAGGUAGUCAUCUUCAUACGCACAUGAAGUGGCAUUCUGGUGAAAAGAAAUUUGAAUGCGAAUUUUGUAGAAAAAAAUUCUCGUUAAAAGGAAAUCUUAAGCAACACCUUAGAUCACACACUGGCGACAAACCAUUUACUUGUGAUAUAUGUACUAAAGGUUUCCCUACAGGCUCUAGUUUAAGAAAACAUUUAGCAAUUCACAAUAAAUUUAAAGCUGAAAAUUUGAAUUUACAAUUUCUUACAGAAAAUUAAAAUUCCUUUUGUUGUAGAUGAUAAGUACAUGAUGUAAAAGUUCAAAUAAAUUUAGAUAUGGGUUCCUGAAAAUAAGUUUUGUUCAGAUCUCUCCAAGAGGUGAAAUAAUUUGAUUAAAAUGAUUUUUAUUAUUUAAAGGCUCUAUAUUAAGCAUCAAUAUUUCACCCUUAUAUCAAGUUCAUCAAGAAUAAUUUUUGCCGGGUGAUUGAAAAGUCCAUAGUAUGGUUUUCGUUGCUUGAAUGAUAACUUAGAAACCAGUUACAAUGAGAUUCAGUACAUUUUCACCAAUACACUGUAGUUUAGUUUUUGAGUUUAUCCAUAGUUAAAAUUCGCUAGAACUCCCUGUAGAGAGUUUUCUAAUCUACCAGGUAUUAUACUAUCUGCAAUUCGACGUCUAUUGUAUAUUUCCUUAAGUAUGAAUAGAGCCUUGCCGUUCAAUUGAUUUUUUAAGUAAGAAAUUUAAAACAUUUUUUCGCUCAUUUUUAUGGCGACACUUAUGUUUUAUUUGAAAGAUUUGUUUUCAAAUUUUUUGUUUGGUAGUGUAUUUCAAAUCACUAUAAAAUUUACUUAAAUUGUUGAAAAAUACGAAUAAAAAUAGUAUUAGGUAUGAUUUGAACCUUUAAACAGAGUAUAUUUAGAUAAGAGCAGAUUAAAACUAGACGUUUUGUUUGAAUACGUAUUUUUGUAUAAUUAAUAUAGUUUAAAAUAUAUUUUAUGAAGAAUUGA